CCAGGCCGCAGUUUCCCGGCCUCCCCAGCUCCGGAACUUCCGGCCAGCGCAGCCAUUUUGGCUUCCUGACCUUGGGCUACGGCUGACAGCUUUUUGUGGUGUACUCCGUGCCAUCAUGUCCGUCCUGACGCCGCUGCUGCUGCGGGGCUUGACAGGCUCGGCCCGGCGGCUCCCAGUGCCGCGCGCCAAGAUCCAUUCGUUGCCGCCGGAGGAGAAGCUUGGGAUCAUGGAAUUGGCCGUUGGGCUUACCUCCUGCUUCGUGACCUUCCUCCUGCCAGCGGGCUGGAUCCUGUCACACCUGGAGACCUACAGGAGGCCGGAGUGAAGGGGUCCGUUCUGCCCCUCACACUGUGACCUGACCAGCCCCACCGGCCCAUCCUGGUCAUGUUACUGCAUUUCUGGCCGGCCUCCCCGGAUCAUGUCGUUCAAUUCCAGUCACCUCUUCUGCAAUCAUGACCUCUUGAUGCCUCCAUGGUGGCCUCCUGGGGGGUCACUGACCCUGCUCGGUGGGGUCCCCCUUGUAACAAUAAAAUCUAUUUAAACUUUA